UUAAGUUAAGAAAAAACAGCCAGUGCAUGUGUGCCGCCCCCUUGAGGAUCGAACUCCAUUGCCACAUCGUAUGGCCGCAGAGAGGAGGGCGGGCGCCGAGCUACUGGGCCUGCAAUCGCCUCCCCGAGAUGACAAGGAGCUGUUCCCGGCGACUCCAGACAAUGUCCAUCGCCGUGGAGCGAGUGAACUAAGCUACAAUGAGUUCUACUGGAAAUACAUGCACCAGAAUUGGCCCGUCGUCAUUACGGAUGUGUCCACCAACUGGGAAUGUCAGCAAUGGACCAGCAACAGCUACGGGGACGACAAUGCCAAUGCAAAUGGGAUUACGAACAGUGCCUUGGCCGGCGCUCACAUCAAUUUUGACUACCUCAGAAGACGUAUUGGCGACUGUCCAGUGCCGGUGGCCGACUGCAACGCCACCUACUUCAACAGCCAUGCCAAAGUAGAGCUGAAUUUUCACGAUUACCUGAACCGCUGGCAGAGCCGCAUCGAGAACGAAGCGGAGGAAGUAAAUAGCAAUGUGGCAGGGAAGACGACGGAUAAUCUCUACCUCAAGGAUUGGCAUCUGGCUGCCCAAAUGCCCGGCUAUGAUUUCUACAAGGUGCCUAAGUACUUUGCCUCCGACUGGCUGAACGAGCAGUUGCUCGAACAGAAGCGAGACGAUUAUCGUUUCGUUUACAUGGGACCCAAGGACUCUUGGACCUCCUAUCAUUCGGAUGUCUUUGGUUCGUUCAGCUGGUCCACCAACAUUGUUGGUCACAAGAAGUGGUUGAUUAUGCCGCCCGGCCAAGAACUCAAGCUAAGCGACCGCCUUGGAAAUCUUCCCUUCAGAAUUAACGAACAGUUGCUGGAAGAGCAUAAGGUGCACUACUUUACCAUCAAUCAGACAGCCAAUGAGGCCGUCUUUGUUCCCAGCGGCUGGUACCACAAUCACAACUGGUUCAAUGCCUGCAAUAUACUGAUGGUCUGGCGUAACCUCCUGAACAACCUGAAGGCCGUACGGAAGGAGAUCUCCGAUUGCCAGCAAAUGGAUAACUUUGAGGCCCACUGCCAGACCAUGCUGCGGGCCAGCUUCGGCAUCAACUACCUCGAUUUUAUAGAACUUCUAGAGUUUAUAUCCGCACGUCGAUUGGCCGCACUCGUAGACAAUUCAACGACCACCAAAUUUUUACUUUUUGAUACCUAUAAAAUGAGCGAUUACCAUGUGCAAUACGAUCUCGAGUGCUUGCGAAAGCUGCUGACUCUGAUGCUGGAGGAUUCCAGUGUGCAGCAGAGUCCUGCUCAAAUGGAACGCUGUCAGCGUUUACUCAGCCAAUUGGCGGCAUAGAAGUCGUGUCUAGUCAGAUAGAAUAUAAAGCCGCUUGGCUUUGAGUAUUUUUUUAUACCAAAGUUGUAUGCGUAUACAAGAUAGUUGUAAUAUUUUACUAUUCAUGUAUGUAAUAUGUGUAAUAUUUUAUUAUAAAUCUAUAGUAAUCAAGUGUAA